AAAUAAUUCCUUGUGUGACUAAGAAUUUUUUUAAAACGUUGUACAGUAUAAGAGUUACUGUUUUUACACAUACAGGUGAAGAAGAAAAAAACAGUUAUUACGGUAAGACGUCUUUCACUCCGGAACAUAACUCCGGUUACUAAGCUGAGAAGCAGCUACCUGACUAUCAAGCACGUUAACUUAACAUUAUUAAUUUACUGUACCGCUUUUCCCCGGUGCUGUCAUGGCUUCACGAGUCUGCGGCUUUUUACGUCAGGGAAUCUACACAACGUCACCUGUGUUCAGUGGAGCAAUCCGAGCUCGCCUGAAAAGCUCAUGCCCGGUUCAAAUCAGCCGUCUGGAUCAUCUCGUCCUGACGGUCCGGGAUUUGAAGAGAAGCACAGAUUUCUACUCCUCAGUCUUGGGAAUGGGGGUGGUUACAUUUAAGGGAGACCGUAAGGCCUUAAGCUUUGGAGAGCAAAAAUUUAAUCUACAUGAAGUUGGCAAAGAGUUUGAGCCAAAGGCCAAUAAUCCUAUGCCAGGCUCAGCAGAUCUUUGUCUCAUCACGAAGACCCCGCUGGAAACAGUUGCUGCCCAUCUGAAGAAAUGUGGUGUGAAGAUUGAGGAAGGGCCAGUUGAGAGGACAGGAGCAGUAGGCCCAAUCAAGUCUCUGUACUUCAGAGACCCUGACCACAACCUGAUUGAAGUUUCCAACUAUAUUAAUUAAGACUUAAUGUUAAACUGUGGAGGGGACUGUUACUCUCUUAACAGUAAUAUUUGGGCCAAAAUUAUGCAAAAUAAUUGUGAACCUUUUUCUUUGUAAAUUUACUUGUGUAUAUAUAACAAAACACCUUAAAGUAAACGCAAUAAAAUAAAAACAAUUUACAAUUUCA